AUGAUUAGUACAACAAGAAAUCUUCUUUCCAUCAAACGACUUCUAAACAUACACAGAUUACAACCACGUACAGUAGCAUUCAUUCAUACAGGACAAAUAAUGAACUCAAUUAAAGAUUUAAGUGAAAACAAGUGGCAACCACAAGAUGCUUUACCACCUCAUAUUAAGGAAUUGCUUACCACCGGAUCAGCACCUUCGAAUUACAUGUUAGCUUUUUUACAGAUCAUCAGAUCAUUAAAGUUUCAAAAAAGAACUGGUUGGUUAGAUCAUGAAAUCCCAGAAGAAGCAACUGAGAGUAUUGCUGAUCAUAUGUACAGAAUGGGAGUGAUAUCUAUGUUAGUUCCAAAAGGAGUCGAUUCAGACAAAUGUGUUAAAAUAGCCAUUGUACAUGAUAUCGCCGAAGCAUUGGUUGGUGACAUAACACCAUAUGCUGGAAUAACCAAGCAAGAAAAACAUCGUCGUGAAUUGGCCACCAUUAAUUACCUAAGUGAAGUUAUUAAACCUUACAAUGAAGUAUUUUCAAAAGAAUUGUUAGACUUGUGGUUAGAUUAUGAAGAAAUAAGAAACAUUGAAGCAAGAUAUGUUAAAGAUAUCGACAAGUUUGAAAUGAUUCAAACUGCAUGGGAAUAUGAACAACAAUUUGGAUUGAAACACAACUUAGACCAAUUUUAUACCUCAAGAAGUGCUAUUAAAACCAAAGAAAUUGGUGACUUGUGUGAUGCAUUGUUGGAGAAGAGAAAUAAAUUGGUCGAAGAUUCAAAGGCUAAAUAA